UGAGUGUGGAGGAGGCUAGAAGUUCUGUGCGAAGCGACAUCUUCAGAUGUGCUUCUGUACGCGAACUGAAUUAGCUUUUUGUUGUUAUUAAACUUUCGCUGAAUUUCUCUCCUACUUCAGAGCACGUGAUAUUUUGAAUAACGGUUACCUAACUGACCUCAUUUUUUAAGUGUCAACUUCUACUACAAGUUGUGUAAGUAUUAUGUUACAAAGCCGGAUAUACGUCAUUGAAGAAAGGGACAUUUCAAGAGCAUAGCAAGCCGUUGAGCAAAGAACAUAGAUUUCGUUUCGGAAAGGCAGUUGCGGUAUAUUCCGAAGGUGAAUGUUGGCAGUCCACACUACCGCGGGCUAGUUCACUUUCCAGACAUUUCCAGUGACAAGGGCCUGAUGAAGCAGGUGGGGUGCUGAAGGAUUCACAAGGCCAUUGCCAUGGUAACCCUUAUCCUGCCCCUAGCAACGCUGCUGUUCGCAGCACUUGUGCUGAGCGCCACAAAUUUAACCGGAGAAAACGUGUGUCACAAGCGAGAAAAGUACAAUGUGACGAUGCGAGUCGUUGUGAAGGAACCAAUGAGAGUUAAGACGUACACGUGGUGUUUGAAGGUACCACCACGCUGCACCAAAUACAAGAUCGAGAUGAAAGACAAGUUCAUGAUUCAGACGGAGUUGCGUGAGCGAGUGGUGGAUAUUUGCUGUGCGGGAUACGAACCGGACCGGACUGAGGCCUUCUGUGUGCCAGUGUGCAGCGGAUGUCUGCACGGAGUGUGUGCUAGUCCAGACACUUGCCUCUGCGAGCCAGGCUACACGGGCCAGCGUUGCGCUACCGAGUGCCGCAAAGGACUAUGGGGUUCAGCGUGCACGCAGCGCUGUCAAUGCCAGAACGGAGCUGAUUGUAACCACGUCACCGGAACCUGCAGAUGUACCGACGGUUGGAGAGGGUCCUUAUGUGAUAUUGCCUGCACCGAGGGGACCUAUGGCCACGAAUGUAUGAAAGAAUGUGCAUGUGAACCUGGUAACAGGUUCAAACACUCAACCUGCCACCACAUAACGGGAGAAUGCAGAUUACCAGACGAGACCUCAGUUGACAACCAGGGGUUGGAGACAUAUCCUACAACUUCACUUCCAAAGAUAUAUACAACCAGCAAACCCAUGGAAACACAAACUCAUGACGAAGGAGCUGGUAAUAACAAAGAUCUUGAUGUAAACAGACAAAUAGACGAUAAUACUGGCACAGUCUUACGAGAAACAGAAGUCAGUGAUCCUCAGACAGAAGACAUUCCACUUUCAGAGACGGAAAUAAGCGUCUUUUCGACUGAUGAUAAAUUUACCACAUCUGUGACAAGCACAACUACUUCCUCAUCUGUGAUAUCUCCUCUUACCACAGAAAAUGAAGUCGGAAAACAGAUACCUAACGAAGUUCGUAACAAUUCAGUGACGAGUAAUAUCCCAUUACCUGAUCAUGAAACUAAUAAACUUGAUUCUGAAACAGACACGAAGGAAGACGAUGAUAAAGAUUUUUCAGAAGAAAGUGAACAGCCAGCCACAAUAAAAAUCGAAGAAAUUGAGCAGACGACUGAAGAAAUAGAAAUUACAGAACCACAAAACAUAAAGAUUCCACCACGCGGUGUAAUAAUCGUUUCUGAUGGUUUGCUGUCUGAAAGAAGAGAUGAAGACGACAGUGAGGAAUCUACAAGCGGUGUCUGGAACCUGGUGUCUAGUGCAAGCGUGGCUGGAGGAGUUGCUCUGUUGCUAAUUGUGUUGGCGGCAGUGACGCUGUUUGUGUCGCAUCGCAGAAACAAGGCAAAGAUGUCAGUUGCCGAGAAAGAGAUUACAUCUGUCAGGAUGCAACGAUUGGAGCACGAACAACAAUUUCCUGGACCACAGAUGUAUAACUGCACGAGGGAUGUCACCACACUUUCACUUGAACAUCUGUUCCCGGACACCGAAUUCCGGCCUACGUCUAGUCCAGACGGCCUGCAGUUGUGUUUCGGGGAUGUGUCCGGCACCAUAGCAACCAACAACAAUCUCGAACUUCCUUAUAACUCCCACAACAAUACGAGAGCUUAUCUAGAGCUCCAAUAUGACAUACCGCCAUCUUCCGUGGGUAGCAAAACCAACAGUUUGCUGCCAGGAAUAGAACCCGAACAUUUAUAUGACGAGAUCCCCUGCUGGCGGAAUACUGCAACUACCCCUGUUAACACGGCCACCAACACGUCUCAGUGCUAAAUAAGUUUGUCAAUGUCAAUAUCGCAAUUUGAAACAGAAUGGACGGUUAACUAUGAUCCGUAAUUGAUCUCCAAUUAACAAGUAAGUUUACUUGAAACAGCGAAAUGUAAUUCCUUAGUUGUAUAGAACCUAUCAGAUAAGAUGAAAUAAUUUUAAAUAUUGUGUUAGUCAACAGUUUACUCAUGAUUAAACUUACUUCUCCCUUAAAAAAUUAAUUCUUUUUUCAACACCCCCUUUAAUAAUAUCACAACUAAUUAAAUGAGAAACUUUAUCAUUCUGAAAAAUGCCAAUAAUUUUAUGAACGAAUGGUGAAUAUUAUAUGUUUCAUAAAAUUUUGAAUGUUAUUUUAAAAAAAGAGAUGUAAACUAGAUUUUAGAAACUACAGGUAACCCCCGAUUUACGCCGGAGAUGCGUUCCUGGACGAACCGGCGUAAAUUGAAACUCUUUUAUAAUGUAAUUAAAUGGGAAGUCAAUGACGUGAGUUCCCGGCAACCAAACUUUGACGAGUAAUAUAAUGGCAUUACAUUUAAAGCUCUGAAAUAACGUAAAUAAAAUAAAGGGAAUUUAAAAAAUAUAUUUUAUACACUUAAAAUCGGUAAUUCGUUGGU